GACGCUUGGGUUUCAUUGCUGGAAAAGCAUAUGCCAUCCCCAUUGCGCAGAGCCUACGAUGGGGGGAGCUCCCAACAUCAACCCGGGGGUGAUCCGUUGCCAGUGACCCAGAAAACUCUUGCUGAUGCUGUUGAUGUGGUCAACACAUUAUAUCAAGCUCGAAAAUACGGACAACUGGACUUGCUAACCUAUGUGGGCGUCAGGCUGAACAAUUGGCCUGCUGUGGAUUUCAUCCUUGGUCGUCUGCUUGAUGCCGCUGAGGCUAUGCACGAGAUCACUCUGCGCUCACGGUCAAAGGCCAAUGCCCCUUGGCUGCUCGGUUCUAAAUCGAGCCUUGAUGAGCUCUCCAGCCGAUCUGUGGAUUUUGCUCCCCGAGCCGCCUCAGCUUCGAGGCACGACGCACCAGAUGAGCCGGCAUCGAACAGUCUGGAUAUAUCUACUGCUCGGCCUUUUGCGGAGGAGCUGAACCAACGUUUUAUGGGUGAAGUAUGGCGCGCCUUGGGUUCCCUUGUACUUGAGGCGGCAGAUGCAUCACCCAAUGAAGCCAAGCUGGCCAUGUCACACGUGUUUUUCGCUCUUGCCCGUUUACACACUUCUGGCGCUAUAUCCGACAAGGUGUACGAGUAUAUUUCACCCAGCAAUUAUCAGUCUACAUACCGUCCUCCGGGGAUGUACUUGCUCAAGUCGUCCAUUCUGCAAAUUCUAUCGGACGCUGCAUGGUCGAAGUACGAAGCAGAUUUAGCCGACAAGGCGGCGGCUGCAGGGCAAGAAUCACCUUUCAUCCCCGUAAAGAUGAAUGUUCGUCAGCUCGAGCCUGCGGUUUGGAUGGAGCUGAUUCUCUGGUGCUGUGUUGAGCAAGGUUACGUCGAAGAGGCGGCGUGGUUGAUUGAGCAAAUGAGGACACGGAGAAGCGAUGACCAACGUUGGAGCGUUAAGAGCUUGGACUGGAAGCUUAUGCUCGAAGAGCCCUCACAAGUAAGGAAGACUAAUGUCGAACUGGAAGGAAAACAGCGUCAGCCACAUCAUCCUGGACCUCUCGACAUUCUUAUCAAGGAGCGCUCUAUCAAGAAUAGGCCUGCUUUCGACGGGAUGGGUGAGCGAACGAUUAGCGUGGAAGUCAUUUGGGCAUUAUUGGACAGUCUUCCAAACGUGGUGUAUCAAGGCCAGGGCUCCCGAGGCUUGGCACCCCGGAAGUUGCUUUCUAUUUUCUCUCCCCUCAAGUUUGCCGUUGGCGCCCAGAAGAAUUCAGGCCUGCUUCCGACAAACUGGAGAUGCAAUUCCUUCCUUGUGCGGAUGAUGGAAUCCGGAGGACUCAAUUCUGAGAAGGAUCCCCAUAGUCUUGCUGACCUUCUCCAGGCCAUAUCGCGCUUGGUACCGCCCUACAUUUCGGACUAUGCGCAGUACGCGGAUGAAGAACGCCUCGACGAAUUGACUCCAUCGGACCUUUACGAUCAAAGCUCUGCGGCGGUCGGUCUGAUCGAGUACAAUCUGAGGAAUUUUGCGUCUUUGCGACUGUGCGGCCAAGCGAUGGACUCUUUCGCCUGGUUACAGGAUAUAGUUGACGCAAGCAAAAGGCAGCGGAUAGGAGAGUUCUUUUUCUCUCCACCAUCCGCCAACGCCCUGAAAACUAUGGACACCGAGGAAUUGUUAGGCCCUUCUCUGUCUUGCAUACCGCAUUUGUCAACUGUGACAUUUGCCGAGUUGCUCGAUUUGAUUACAGUGUCACGGACUACUAAAUUCGGUGAUUGGCUACUGUCUUCCAAUGACUUCGACGGGCCUCCUAUACCAAAGAGCAUGUACGGCGACCAGAGCAUAGCACCUUCUAUUAUCCGCUUCGCCGCCGCCACGAAGAAUGAAGCCCUGGCGGACUCCGUCGUGGGGUCCCUCCAACCGCCCCUUUCUGUCAAUACUCUGCGUGCCCUCCUCAACUACCGCAUCGUUCAAGGUCAAUGGGACUCGGUGAUUAUGAUGCUCGAAUAUCUGAGAGACCAUCGUCUUAAGUCCUGGGGCCACAGCAACGUCACCACCUUGGCAGCAGAGAUCAUCCGUCUACAACACGCAGUCGACACGCUUCAAGUCAAGCAGGAAGACUUGGACACUGAUUCUGAUACCGAGGUCGCCCACCCCGUCGAGUCCCUCAACAAAGCAACCUCGAUUCUCCACCGCUUACUGAAGGGGGAGUUCAAUGAACGCGAGCGCUAUAUCAGAGCGAACAACGCUAUUCCCGUCGAGCAUCGAGACUUCCAGGCACGCGUCCUCUACGGCCUCCACCGCCUCUUCCUCACUAUCCGACAAUGCCGCGCCCUUCACGACGUCGCCGUAUCCGCCACCAGAGACAUCCAAUUUCGACCCACCCGGCGCAGCUUGAUCCCCUACAUCCCCUCGACUGCGUUCCAUACGAUCCUCGCCGCCGUCGUCGACACGCAAGGCAGCGACGCGGGCAAGCAACUCUUUGAGAGAGUCUGUCUGGACAACGCCCCGCCAGAAGACCGGCGGGUGCACCACGGCGGCAUCCCGCGCAUGUACCUCCACUCGGAGCGCUUCCUCGAGCGCGGCGAUCCCCACUUCGACCCGGCGCAUUUCCGGGAGCUGCAGCGCAAGUCCGUGAUCCCGAACAUGAACACCGUCCGUAUCAUCCUUCAGAAAGCAUUAAAGGAAUACGCGACCUUCGAG